GUGUCCCAAACAAGGAAGUGGCGGUACACCUGGAGGGAAACCAGCCAAUCAGUGUAGGCGGCACUGACAGGGGCAGCGAAUCACAGACGAACUGUCAUUGGGAGGGGGCGGGGCUGAACAUCCGGAAACUGCGGAAUGUAAACAGACACAUGGAGGUCACUCAUGUAUUUUCUUAAUAAAGCCAUCCUUAGCCAAGUUGAUGGAUCGGACGGCAGAACAUGAACAAAGGCGUGACAAGUCAGAUGAGGGUGCAGUUGGUGCUCCUGUGCACUGCUCUCCAGAUGGAGCCAGUAAGCCAGUCCAGAUGCCAAAAUUCUUGUCUACACCAGUCAUGCAGAACUGUGACGAGGACAACCCUGCCAGGAAACGUCAAAAAAUCUUUAAUGGACCUUUGUUUUCCCCCAUAAUUCCUCAGCACCCAUAUGUUACAAAACAGGAAGGUCAGAGAACUGAUGAACGAUCCACUAGCAAAAAUACAGUGCCUCCUGAAGGUCAAGGUAUUUCAACAGAACAGUGCUGGGCCACACGUUCUGCUAGUAGGGUGACCUCCCUUUAUGCAGAACUGGUUCGGGAGCUAGAGGCGCAAGUUGCAGAACUGAGACAGAUCCUGGUGUCACGAGAUGAGGCAGUUGCAGUGAGAGAAUGGAGGAUACAGCAACUCGAGAAGGAAAACCAAGAAUUAAGAAGACACAUUCAAACACUGGAGGAACAGAAUGAUGCACUCUCGCAUAGUGGAAUAAGUGCUACCAGAGAAGGCGGUUGCCUCUUGGGAUCUGAGGACCAUUGUGUGGGUGAGAUGUCUCAAAUUAUCAAUGACAACAACAUAUCCUUCCUAAGAAACCUGGCAGGAUUCCUGGAAACAAGUUACAGCUCACAGAGUUCUACACCACAGUUGAUAUCAACACCCAUCCCAACCAAUGAAAACAGAAACUCAUCAACCGAAAGGCUAUCUUCCCCUGUUGCACUUUCUCUAUCAGAGCCAGACCAGCCCAAUUCACCUGCAGCGGUAACCAGCUCCCCUCCAGAAGGAAUGUUGCAGGUGAGUGGUGUGACAAGCGGCUUCCAGUACUGGAUGAAGAUGGAUGACGUUGGUGACAACACAAUACCUGAAUCGUGUGUGCUGUGGGAGGAACCAUUACAAGAAACAUUGCCAGAUGGUACCCCCACGUGGGCAUCACCCAUAGAGAGUAAUGGACGCCCUAAAUUGGAGUUGGUGCCUGGCUCUGGGGUUUAUAUUACAUACCAGCAGCUGGAAGAUCUCUCCCACAUCCCACCAGAUAAGCCCAAGCUGAUGACCAGGCGCCUGCUUGAUUACUUCUUCUCUCGGGAGACCUUGGCACGAUCUUCAGCCACAGGGCAGAGAAUUGCACAUAACAACACCACUAUGGAGAAACCAUUGCGAUUACCUGAUGCAGUGGUAACUGCAAUUAAAGCCUAUGUGACAAGAGCCUGCGGCCGUGGUUGUAACUUCAAUGCAGUCAUAAAUAGUAAAUGUGGAACCUCCCGGCGGGCUGUGAAAAAGAUGUCUUUUCGCAUUGACUGGACAGAAGGAGGAGCAAAACACUGCCCAAAGUCAGCAACAUCACCAGCACAGAGACUAGCGUGUCUCAAUGAGAAGGCCCCACUCCCUGCUGCUGCAAAGGGGACAGAUCUAGCAGUCUCACAUACUGUGCUACAAACCAGCUGAGCAUUGCUGCUGCAGGAACUUGUCACAAUCAAGACUUUAGGACGUUUGGAUGAUGCGAUUUGACUGCAGUAUGGAUGUGAAAAAGACAUUUUUAAAGCAGAAUAUACCACUGUUACUGUAAAAGGACAAAAGGCAAUGUCAUAAAAUGACAAAUAAAAAUAUUUUUUGUAAGUUUGA